AUGCUGCACCAGCAACUGCUAUUGACUUUGCAACACGGUCACUUCUGCAAUGCUGCCUGUCCGUGGCUCUACUCGUUUCUCUCGACCAGAUUUCCCAGAAAACACAUUUUCCAGCGAAGUUCCAGUUCCAGGACAGUCCAAGCGAGACGAGAGAAGCUGCUGCUGUUGCUUACGUCCACGCUCGACUUUUUGCUGAAUAAGAAAAACUACGCCUGCAACAUCGCUAUCAAUGACGUAGCCAAGCUGUUUGCCGAGUUUCUCUACGGCAAAGACGCCGUGGCGCAGUACAUCGUCAAGUACAAGUCAAAGGCAACGUCUUCGAAGAACCAUAGCCAACACAGGAGUGUGGGAGUCUUGCAUGGCGACGAGGAGCUCGCUGGCAGUAUCUUGAAUAAUAAACCCGGACAACAAAGUGGUUUCAUCAUCUGCGGCGUCUGCAAUGGACCUGUGGCUUGUCGGGUCAAAGGCGAUAGUCAUGUCAGCCUUUUGAACGCCAGUAGACGCCGUCGGUCUUCAGCCUAUGCUAUAACGCUACAAUGCGGCCACCAGUUCCACGACGAGUGCAUUGUGCCCGUACUAAACGAGACGCUGAGAUGUCCGACUUGCUAUCACCUGGAGAUUCAAUGA